UCGCCGAGUCCCCGCGCGUCUCGCUGCGUGUGCCCUACGAAGAGCACCCGUAGGCAACUAGGAGUUCCUCGGACGGCGGAAGACCGGCGAGAACGUGCCCUGUGUGCACCAGGGCGCGGAUGACAUCAUCGCGUGGAGCAUGAGAUCAUCACGUCCCGACCUUUACCCGCCCGCGUUCAAGGCCCAGGACCAGACGGGAUGGAUCCAAUGGCCGUGCCUGAGCACAGCUUAGAGUAAUAAGGAAAAAACGCCCCGCCUUUGCCCGAAAUGCCCCGGAAAUGCCUCUACCCUCAGUAGAGUUGGAAGUAACCUUUGACAUAGGGAGGCGGGGCUGCGCAUGCGCAACAAGUUCGGCGGGGAAGAUGGCGGAUGACAAGGAUUCUCUGCCGAAGCUUAAGGACCUGACAUUUCUCAAAAACCAGCUGGAGCGCCUACAGCAGCGUGUGGAGGAUGAAGUCAACAGUGGUGUGAGCCAGGAUGGCUCGCUCUUGUCCUCCCCGUUCCUCAAGGGAUUCCUGGCAGGCUAUGUGGUGGCCAAACUGAGGGCAUCCGCAGUAUUGGGCUUCGCAGUGGGCACUUGCACUGGCAUCUAUGCGGCACAGUCAUAUGCUGUACCCAACGUGGAGAAGACCCUGAAGAACUACUUUAGGUCACUACGAAAGGGGCCCGACUAGACCCUUUGGGGAAGGCAGGAUGGCGUUACAUGGACCCCAGCACCUACCAGGUGCUGAGCAAUCUCAAGAUUGGAAGCACAGCUCUGUUGUACUGCCUCUGCCUUGGGCGUCGCCUCUCUGCACGGCAGGGGUUGGCACUGCUGCUGCUGAUGGCUGCAGGAGCCUGCUAUGCGUCGGGUGGCUUUCAGGAACCCAGCUGAUCAUGAAGCGACAGCGGCUGCCCUUGGCUCUUCAGAACCUCUUCCUCUACACUUUCGGGGUGAUCCUGAACCUUGGACUGUAUGCUGGCAGCGGCCCCGGCCCAGGCUUCCUAGAGGGUUUCUCUGGAUGGGCAGU